AAAAGAUGUAUCUGAAGAUAGUAAUAUUAGUCACCUUCCCAUUGGUGUGUUUCACACAGGAUGAUACGCCACUCUCAAAACCAAUGGCGAUAGACUAUCAGGCAGAAUUUGCUUGGGACUUAUAUAAAAAGCUACAACUUGGUUUCACACAAAACUUAGCAAUUGCACCGUACUCUCUUCGUAAGAUAUUCGUCUGCCUACAGCAGUUAACCGUUAGCACCAAUCCAGCCUCAGCUGCUCUUUCCGAACAGCUCAAAAAUGUACUUAAGUUUAAUCCGAAAGGCAAAUUACCAGAUUUGGUUCGACGUCGAUAUUCUUCCCAGAGGGCAAUGUUAGAGCGGGAAAACAGUUUCAACACAACCACGCUAGCAGCGGUGAUUGGACGUGAAAAGAAGACAAAUUCGUUCUGGGAUCUUCCCAACAGUUGUGCCAUCUUCGUGGGAUCUCUUAGACCUGGCAGUCCAAAGCAGAUGUCCCGAAGGUUUAACGCUGCCAUGCGAAACAUUUCCAAAAGUGGUAUGCAAAAUUUUCUGAGCACUUCUGACAUCGAUCGCGAUUUGGAUUUUUUAAUUGCUGACUCGUGGAUAUUCAAGGGCCUGUGGAGUUAUCAGUUUGAAGAACAGCAUACAACAACCUGCAAUUUCUACACCAAUUCGACAUCGAAAGGCUUGAUGAGGUUCAUGUAUCUGCAGGAAUAUUUAAAGUAUGGCUACUUUUCUGAGUGGAAUGUAGAAGCUGUUGAAUUGCCACUUCAUCAUGGAAGCUCUUUUUCGUGCAUGCUGAUGAUGCCGGUGAAGGCUGACAUUGGUGUGUUGAUCAAAAGUUUGAAUCACAGAAGGUUCAAAGACAUCUACUCGAAAAUGUCUUUCUCGAAGACGGAUGUUCGGCUUCCUCAGUUCACGUUGCGAAUAAAGUUUUCAGCCAAAUCAAUCCUGCAGCAGUUUGGAUUUAAUGCUGCAUUCAAUGAAUCGGUGUUCCACGUAUUUGAUAACAAAAACGCAGUUCCGUUGGGGGAUGUUAUUCAAAAAGUGAAACUGGUCAUGGAUCACGAUGGAGAACAAUCUGCUAAAAUGUACGUUGACAGGAGAAUGGGAAAUUUGUUUAUCGCACAUCAGCCAUUCAUUUUUGUGAUAUUUGAGAAAACGCAGCUUGUCCCAAUCAUUGUAGGCCACAUGGUGACGGCAUCUACUCCGAAAGAUAUUGGACCGGAGUCGGAUGAAAUAUCAUGCGACAGGCCACCGCGAUAUCAAUAACGAUCGAUAUAUAUCACAAAAACAUAAAUUUACGAUAUAUUUUAUAUAGUUGAAAUAUCAUUUGUUUCUAAUUCUCUCGUCUCAUUAUUCACACUUCGGGUUUCUUAGCUGAUAACAGUAUUCGUUAUCGACAACUUUUCUUGAAUGAACUUUCCAGAUUCGUAGGCAUAUUGAUUCACAUACAGAAGAAACUUGCAAAUUUAAGAACCUACAGCACAGUGUUGUUCAGACUCAUUUCCCCGAAAAUAACAUUUUCCGAACUACGAAGCCACGAAGUACUACAACCAUGCUCUAUGCUCCUAAGAUAGAAAAGCAGAUGGUUAAGCUUCAGUACUGCACACAAAAUCGAUCAAUUUUGACCCCAGAGAGCCACAAUUCAAGUUUCGGUCAAAUGAAAUGAGUGAGUGAGUGAGUUCGAAUCAUUUCACCGAAACUUGAAUUACGGCCCACCGAGAUCGAAACUGUCGGGUCCCAUGUGCAACACUCAAGCCCAACCACCUCCCCCUCCAUCUCAGGAAUACAACGCACAGUUAUAACAGUUCAUGGCUUCACAAUUCGAAUUUCGGGGAAAUGAGUCUGGUCAACACUGCUACAGCACUUUAAAAAAACAUCAAUUAAAAAAAAACAAUAAAAUUUACUGAAAAUAUUACUCUACAACCUUGUUUAUCAUACCAUAUUAAACAGUUUUCUAAAGGGUAUAUUGGUCUUAAUAUUUCCAUUAAAAAUUAUUUACAAAUCAAAAAUUUAUAAUUAUUUAACACGUGAUAUUCAGUUGAACGAUUUCGUAAAGAAAAUCGUCGAUAAAAUCUAGUAUAUAAUUAUGUUUUUCAAUGAAUUCUCAAAACUACGAUACUAAAUUUUCACCAAAGUUGAAGGAAGUAUUGCAU